UAUAUAUAGGUUAUUUGGCCAGAAAUAUAUCAAUAUUGCAUGACGGAAUGAAUGAAUUGUAUGAAUAAGGACAGAAUUGGAGCAGGUGCUCGAUCGUCUCCAUUAGUCUUCGUCCGUCCGUCCGUUCGUUUGUCCGUUAGUUUGUGCGCUUCCACUCCAACGUGACAAACUUGACGACAGCUGGCCACAAAAAUGUGCGUUAUGUCAACUCAAGUGUGUUGAUCUGGAUCAGUGUGUGUGUGUGCGUGUGUGUGUGUGUGUGAGAGAGAGAGAGAGCGAGAGAGAGAAGCCUGGUGGGAAAGAAGAUGAAGUGCAUGAAGAUGGGUCAUUUAACUAAAGUGUUUGUGGGGGGCGGAAGCAUCAUCAUCAUCAUCAUCUGUGUGUGCGUGUUCGCGCAUGUGCCCGUGCGUGUUCGCGCAUGUGUCCGUGCGCACGCUAUGACGUCAGCGCGGCCCUAUAAGAGCGGCCGUGGCAGGAUGGAUCCCUCAAACUCUCAAACGUGCACACACGCACUGAGCAUGAAGAUGUGUUCGUCCUCCUCUUGGUGCCUCCUGGUGCUCCUGCUCGGCGUGUGCGCCUCCUCAGCCGCGCUCACGCGUGCUAACGCCAGACGCGGCGGAACACUUGGGCCCUAUAAACAGGACCUACUGGACUCGUCCCCGGCGGAGGUGGUUCUUUGGGACCUCCUCCAGAUGGAGAACGAGGCGACGGAGGACGACGAGGACGAGCGAGGGCAGAGGCGGUCCGGGAAAGCCGAGGAGCGCGCCGGAGCUCCUGGGCUCGCUGAGCUCGUGGGGCCUCGCGAGAGGAAAGCGGGAUGCAAGAACUUCUUCUGGAAAACGUUCACGUCCUGCUGAGCGGCUCCUCCUUUCUUGUUCUUUCGCUUCUCUACGUCUUUUACAUGCCAACUUUCAAUAAAAACAUUUGGUUGA